AUGAUUGCCCUCAAACACAUUCAAACCUCUUUCACCGCCACCAGACAUACCAUUUUACAGUCGGGAAGAUUUCCCAGCACAAAGAACUCCAUCUUGCGCUUCAGCAAGUCCAAUGAUUCCGAUUCCGAACCAGAGACUCCUUCGCCUGGAGGAGAUACUCAAAAGCAAGAGAUGCUGGUGAGGAUAGCAAUGCUUCAAGCUCAGAAAGUCCGGCUUGCAGAAUACUUGGAUGAGAGAUCAGAAUAUCUUACUAAAUUCGGAGAAGAUGCUAAUGCGGAGUUUGACAAGAUUGGAGAAGAUGCCCUCAAAGGACUGGAUGAAGCCAGUGCUAGGAUAAUGGAGAAUAUGGACAGCCGCAUGCAGGCGUUUGAGGAAUCUACAGGUGUGAACAUAUCAGAGAUUGAAGAAAAUGAAAACGAGUUAGCAGCAUUCGAAGAUCAGAUUGCAAAAGACCGAAAUGAAGGGUUAUUUUUCAAGAAUCUGACGCAGGGAAAACCAAAAGAAAAGGUAAACGCUACAGAGGAAAUAAAGAAGAUCAAGGAGCUUACAAAAAAAAGUGCAGGAUCAGAAACCAGGAGGAAUAUUUACCUUGUAUUAAUUGGCCUGCUACUCAUAGAAAUCGUUGACUCUUUCAUCACUUCAACACCCGAUUGGAGAAAAGUUGCAAUUCUUGGGGUAAUUUUAGUGGGUUUGGUCACUCAGUUCAUCUAUGAGCAGAAAAUGCUAUCAGAAAAAGAAAGAGCAGAAGAGAAGAAGACAGAGGAAGAAAGAAGGUGAUUCCCUGCCCUUCAAGGAAAAAUAUUAUGCUGUAAACUUUUUAAACUUAAUUAUAUUAGAUAAAUAUAGCUUGGAUUUACAUAUUAGGAGGAUCUCGUUUCUUAAGAUCAAGUCAAUUGUAUUAAUAAACAGAAAGUACAUAGCAUGAGAACACACCAUAUAUAUCCUUUUACAAGUGUGGCCUAUCAAGAAAAAUCUAACUUCAAAUACUUUUCAUGUAUUUAGUAUUUACCCACCCAAGAAAAGAAUUUGAAAACAGUCUCAGUUGUACUGUAACCCAGCAAAACAAAUGUAGCAUGAUAAAUAACACCAAGUAAAUCUUACUACUUGAUGGUGAUAUUUCAAGCUCUUUGCUUUGGCAUCAUCAAAAGGUGAUCUUGGUGAUACUACUACAAUCACCAAAACCAUAUAUGAUGCUUAACGAACAAUAUCAUUAUAUAGCAUGCUAAACAUGCCUCCAGUUUUCUUGAUUAAUGAAUCUAAGAUUUCAAUUAAAGCUGCUGUAUGUAUUUAAACUUACAAAGACAACAAAAUGCAGAUAGACCCAAAAUUGAGAACAGACUUGUA